CUUUGUGAAUACAUCCAGAGGCAGAAUCAGUACCCUUUAGAAGAAUUUUAUGCUGUUUUCAUUUCUAAUGAUAGAAGGAUGGAUUACCAUGUGAUUUUGCUUCAUGUGUCGAGUGGAGACCAGAACUUUAUUUAUGAUCUUGACACUGUGCUUCCUUUCCCCUGUCCCUUUGACACCUACAUUGAANUUGAAGAGGCGUUCAAAUCAGACAGCAUUAUUAAUCCUGGAUAUCGAAGAAAAGUCAGAUUGAUUCGAGCUGAUGUGUAU